GAUUUUAAGCCGGCAAAGCCCUUCUAUCACUGUUAUAAUUUCUCUCACAGUGUGUGAGAACUCGGAGAGAAAUCGGAUUGACCCUUUUGGAUUCUCUCAGAUUCUUGAGGACCGAAAUUCUAGGGUUUUCUUCUCUCACAGAGCAAUUGUACAGGAAAUAAAGAGAACUGUGCUUAUUGAAGGGAUUUGGAAGGUAUGCAGUCAAAGUCUGAAAAUGCAAAUCGACUAGACCCUGGUUCACAUGUCAUUCCACCGACGAGUGUCUACACUGAACCUUGGUGGCGUACUGGGUACAACCCCAUGUCUCCGGUUGUGACAGGGGGAAACGUAUCCAAUUCAUCUUCGUUGGAAUGCCCAAAUGGUGUUUCAGAUUCCAACGACGGUCAAUCUCCAUCAAAUGGUGGAUUGAAUGAGGACGAUGAUGAUGCCACCAAAGAAUCACAAAAUACUACAUCUUCCAGAUCAGCUGGAAAUUAUGCACAAGAACACCAAAACAUGCAGCAUGUUGCGUCAACUGCACCUAUGCGUGAUGAAUGUCUCACCCAACCUCCACAGCUUGAACUUGUUGGACACUCAAUUGCAUGCGCGUCAAAUCCUUAUCAGGAUCCAUAUUAUGGGGGAAUGAUGGCACCCUAUGGACACCAGCCUUAUGGUUAUCCUCCUUUUCUCGGAAUGCAACAUGCCAGAAUGCCUUUGCGCCUCGAGAUGGCACAAGAGCCUGUUUAUGUUAAUGCCAAACAGUACCAAGGUAUUCUGAGGCGGAGACAAGCACGCGCCAAGGCUGAGCUUGAAAAGAAGUUGGUGAAAGUUAGAAAGCCAUAUCUUCAUGAAUCUCGUCACCAGCAUGCUAUGAGAAGGGCUAGGGGUACUGGAGGGCGCUUUGCAAAGAAAAAUGGUACUGAUGCCUCAAACCAUGAAGCCAAAGAAAAGGGCACAACUUCUGGGCCAGCUCUCUCAUCACAAUCUGCAAGUUCAUCUGGUUCGGAGCCCUUGCUCACUGACUCUGCUGGAACAUGGAAUUCCUCCCAUGGGCAACAGGAUCGGAUGCAUGACGCUCCCAAUGCUCACAAUUAUGUAAAUGGCCGUGACCACUUCCAGAAUCACAACAGCUUGCAGGCUUCGUCGUAUCUGCGUGCUGGUGAAAGAGGUGAGGAAGGCGACUUGAAAUGGGGAAGCGUUUCUUCUAACCAGGCUUCACAGAGGCGUCUUGCCAUCCAGUGAAUCCCAGGGCGGAGUUGGGUGCCAAGAUGGAGGAUUGGCCCCAAAUGGGAUGUAUAUUCCCUGUUUAUCUAUUGAAAGCAUUCUUGGCAAUUCGUCUGCCAGGCGGCAAUUCAUUCUUGGCUUUAAGAUCGUGCAUGUGGCAUGGAUGAAGAGUGGGGAAGAGAUGGUGAAUGGGCCAUGUGGCUUGUUAAAUGAUUUCCAGUGCUUCAUUCCUCCCAUUUCUGCCCGUUGUACAGAGUAUAGAGAUUAGAUGACUCAAAGUUUGCCUUUUAACUCUGGAUUAAAUGUAUUAACCUUCUUGCUUGAUAGGGGGCUUGACCUUGGUGCACUUUGUGUUUAAUGUUACUCAUAGGAAUUGAAUUGUGGCUUAUUUUGCAAAACAUCAAACUUUGAAAUAAUGAUUUUUCAUUCUGACU